CAGAGGGUGUCUCCAGAACAGAAGAGCUGCAGAAAGUGACAGAACUGGAGUGAUGAGUGUUUGUGAGAAAGAGAAAAGCAACUCUCCAACAGGAAUUUGUGAAAGGUUUUGACUUUCUGUCUGCUCUGUGAAUGUACCUAAAUAUCUCGACCUGCUUCCUUCCAUGCCGCACUGAUUUUCCCACAAGCCUUGCUGUCAAACAUGGCCUUCGCCUCGAACGUCUCGGAUGGACAGCUUUUCUGUCCCCUGCUUCAGAUGAUGAGGAACCAUGCACUCAACAACAACACUAAGGUCAACUUGGCAGUGGUUUGCAUCCACGGUCUGGUCUCUUGUCUGGGGAUUUUGGAGAACGCCCUGAUUAUCUGGGUGGUGGGUUUCCGUUUGAGGCGGCGAACCGUGGCCUCUGUCUGGGUGCUCAACCUGGCCAUGUCAGACUUCCUGGCCACCCUGACGCUCCCCCUCUUCACCUCCUACCUGAACUCUCCCCACAGCUGGGAGCUCGGCAAUCCACUUUGCAAAGCACAGGCUUCCAUCUUUUUCCUGAACAUGUUCGUAUCAGCCUUCCUGCUUGCAGCCAUUUCCCUGGAUCGCUUACUUCUGGCGACCAAACCAGUUUGGAGCCAGAAUCACCGUUCUGUGGCAGGAGCGUGGAAGGUGUGUGCUGUGGGCUGGUUGUGGGCAGCGAUGAAUACGCUACCCUACUUCCUGUUCCGCUCAGUCACUGAGAAAAAGGAUGGGAGGAAGUUGUGCUAUCAUAAUUUUGCCUUGUAUUUGUCCUCUGAGGACACACUGGAGAGAGAUUGCAAUGUGAGGCAAGGAACCACUGCCAUCUCCAAGCUGGUGCUGGCAUUCCUGCUCCCCCUGGUGGUGGUUGUGGGGAGCUACGUCAAAAUUGGUAUCAGCCUGAAGAACAGAGAUAGGAGGAGGAAGCAGAGUUCCUGCAGGCUAAACGAUACACUGAUAAUGUCAAACAAAGAUGGAGAGGCAGGAAUCCCAAAAACCACAAAAACUUUCUUUCUCAAGCCUCUAAACACUGGUCCACCUUUAACCCUGGCAGAGUUGACCCCCACCACCCCGAGUCAGAUGAAUCCAAGUCAGUUGUCCCAGAGUUUUACCAAAAUGGUGACAUCUGUGAUUGCGGCGUUUGCACUGUGCUGGGCUCCUUAUCACAUCUUCUGCAUGAUUGAAAUUACAGCCCAUCACAAGGAGGAAAGUCUCAAACUGGUGGAGGUGGGGCUGCCCUUGGCUACAACCUUUGCAUUCCUAAAUCCACUGUUGAACCCCAUCCUGUACGCCUUCAGCUGCCCACACUUCUGCGUGAGGAUACGACAGAGUCUGGGAGCAGUGUUUGAUGGGCUGGUAGAGGAAGGAGGAGGGCUACUGAUGGCACCUGGGAGGAGUUUAAGGGCUCAUAUGAGACGGAAGAGCAGUAAAGAUGUGAGCUUCACAAUGCCAGGAUCACCAAAGUCUCCCCACUCUCAGUCAGCUGACAUCCAACCCCCAUUUCCACCACAUUUUCCCACUGAAGGCCUUAAAGACAGUCACGUGGAGUAUCCAGGACAAGAAUCAAAGAGUGAGGUGGAGCCUAGUUAAGACACCACUGGAUUUUUGGUUUUAUACUCACUGAAAGGCUUGAGUUAUAUUUGAACAUAUCUUAUGUAUCCUAAUUUACAUAGAUGAAAACAAUGUGGCUGCCACAAAAAGAAUUUGUGGAACAAACACUAAGAGACUAGUGUUUCUAGCUUUUGGUCCAUCACUUUCCUCCUUGGAUUCCCAGGAAAUUUUGUUCAGACAUUUGCACUGCUUGGAGGUUGAAUCUUACAGACUUUGCUGCUUGCCCGAGUUUUUUUUCUUCCACCACUAUAAGGUUGACAAUUUAGAGUUUCACUGGACUACCUUCAAAAGCUACUGCAUGGAUUAUAGUGAAAUCUGACAAAAACAUUCAUGAUCCCCAAAUGAUGAAUUGCAGUAACUUUGGUGAUCUUCGAACUGUUUACCUUACCCACUGUUUUGGUUUAAGGCCAAAUAACAGCAAAACUAAUAUACAUGCUGAUAAUAGCAGCUUUAAACAGCUCUGUGAGUAGUUGACAUGAGUACUUUUAACUGUCUUUACACCAAUAGAAUGGGUUACAAAGAUUCAGGUUAAACCUUUAGAUUUAUUACACACAUUAAUGUCUCCUCAGGAUUAAUCGUGAAAGUGUUUAGCAGCAUCAUGAGGUUCAAAAUUCAGAUCAUGUAAUAUAUUUAUUGCUUAAUGCUUUAUCUCCAAAGGAAAAUUCUUUUUAUUUGUCUGUAUUAUUUUUAUAUUAAAUAAAAAAAAACACUCAUUGUUA